GCGCUCUUCGACUGUCAAAAAGGCCAUCUGCAAGGCAUCCAUCAAGGAAACCAUCUUACACACACGCACAACGCAAACGAAAGCCCUCGCCAAUGCGAUCCCCAUACUGUCGCCUUCUCUUUCUCCUCUACGUCGCGUUCGCCGUUAGCGCCCAAUCCCCGCACUUGCCAGUUGAAAACACACCCAUCCUCCUGUUCAGCCGGACAAAGGACGAUAGCGAUACGGUAGCAGGCACCCGACUUCGUCUCACACCAGAGGGAUCGGCGUUCUUGGGUUCACUCUACGCGCCUUUUGCCAUUGUUUCCGCGGUUGGACCGACGCGGACGGGAAAGUCUUUUUUGCUAAACCAAAUAGUACGCAUUGAAAAUGGUAGCGACGCUUCAACGCGGGUGACAAAGUCCGCAAUCCCAUUCCCGGUUGGAGGCGGCGUCGCAUCCAAAACGCACGGUUUAUGGAUCUGGCCAAAACCUAUCACUAUGGGUGGGGUUCCAACGUAUUUGAUUGAUAGUGAGGGGUUGCACGGAGUAGAGUCCGUUCAAACUAUUGCGUACGAGGUCGAAUUGUUUGUACAUGCCUCCAUGCUUGCCAGCGCGGUGCUAUAUAAUACGUGGGCACCGGUGGAUGCCGCUGAUGUACGAAACUUGAAGGCACUUGUGGCGUUCUCUCGCCUGUUCAUGAUGGACGUUGCUGCCGCUACCGUGGAUUCAAACAACACGCUACCGCUUACGGUUCCUGGCGAGGAGCAUGACCUUAUUGCCAUCCCAGAGCACCUGGAUCCACCCAACCUCCACUGGGCCGUCCAGAAUUUUAACAAAUAUGCGCUACGUAAGGCAGGAUGGACUGCGAAAGAGUUUCUGGAUCAGUUGAUUACAAAGGAUACCUUUUUGGAGGAUGCUAAUGUGGAUGUCAGGUUCUUGCAGCAACAGUUUGGCACUAUUGAACUCGUUCCGAUCGUGAGACCCAGCGAUGAUGACGCCAAGAUGGCUGGUGAUGGUGAUGAGAUUGGGUGGGCGGACUUUAAAGAGGAAUAUCGAAAGGAUGUCACAUCACUGCAUCAUUCCGUCAGCACCCAUAUUGCGCCCAAACGACUCAACGGUCGGAAUCUGAGUGGAGCCGAGCUCGUCAAGCUCAUCACCCUCUGGGAUAAGGAAGCUCCCAUACAAAUCCCUGAACACACAAACUGGGCCCGGGCCGUUCAACUUAAACUGGAGCACGAAGCCAAGCGCCUCCUACGUGCUUUCGAUGCUGCCGCUGCCAAACUUCCCAUCACUAUGCAAGGAGACUUUGCCACAUUCACAAAAAAACUUCAGGCCCUUGCCGACGUUGAAAUGGCUAAAAUGAAAGCAAGCGUCAAAAACCUGGGGGAAGAUCCUCGGGGAGUCAUGGUGAUUGCCUUUCUAGAAAAAGAACUCGCCAAUCGCGUGGAGCAGUGGGAAAAUGUUUACAUCACUUGGGCCGAGACUGAAAUCAAAGCCAAGGGGGACGCAGCUCACGAUGAAGUCAUGGACUGGCUUCUAGGCUUGCGGGAUACCCCGGACCGUAUAUGUAAAUGGUGGUUCACAACGUCUCUGAAAGAAGCACUUCACAAGCGCAUCAAGAUGGAGCGCGACAAAAUCAUUAAACCCAUGAUUAAACACUUUCCAUCUUCUUACGACCACGAUAUUAUGCACCAUAUCGUUGGAGCCGGCUCCGGAUCUGCCCACGAACGAAAUAUGGAGAUUGAUACCGCUGUACACCAGAUCCUUCUCACCCACGCGACUUGUCCCAACCCGUUCCAAAUUGCACUGGAGGUCAUCCAACCCUUGUGGAAUGCGUACAAAACUGCAUUCCUUGCCGGAGGAGGACUUUUAAGUCUUGGUGUUGCGAUUCAGUGGCGGCACACCUUGUGGACGAUGGGUGUGCGCCUUACCCAUCUAACAGGGACACUCCUCACCCACGCCUACAGACAUCUUAUCACACUUGGCAAGGAAGUCCUUAAAAUCUCAGUUCCCCUCCUUGGCAUCAUCUAUCUCCUCUGGAUUGGGAGCCAGGUGACCAUCCUGGGUCGAGAUGUAUCCAACCUUCGAUGGAAUGUCCGUGGCCUAUCAGAUGAGAUGGAGGACGCCAUGAAAGCCUUACGGGGAUUUGCUAGGGGAUUUGUGACAUUUGUGUUGGUGUUUGGGAGUGGGGUGGGAUUCUUGGUUAUGCCGUGGGUGUGGAAAAGGAUUUGGAGGAGUGAUACCGGAAGAAAGUGAGUAUUUGUCUGUGAAUUGUGCAAGCACGUGUAAAUACAGCAUGAGAAAGGAAUAUAUAUAUCUGCUGC